AUGGGAAAUACGGAUGAUGAGGCAGAGGCCAGGGUUCCGGCACCCAGCGCCGAGGAUGUUCGUGCUUUUUCACAGGUGAAAGGACGUUUAGAUAGAAUCUGGACGAGGGUACAGCAAAUGUACGAUUCAAUUGGGAAACUUCCUUCCACUCUUAAUUCUUUUAUGAUUCGCUCUGAGAAGAUUGAACAAAUCGCGGAGGAAUAUGAGAAUUAUCUUUCGCAAUUAGAUGCGAUCGGUGCACGUCACCGGAAUUUAAGAAAGGAUACCAGUAGUUUAUCAAAAGCAUUCGAUGAUUUAUUUUAUAAAAUAGUAGAGGUUAGAGCAGCUCACAAAUCGACUUUCCAAGGCGUUGAAGGGAAAGAAAAGACUUCCAAAUCGACUAAAUCCUUACCAAACUAUAUGCCGCAAAUUCAGUUACCACGGUUCAACGGUGAACUCGAAAGUUUUCCAGGAUUUAUUGCACUUUAUGAUAAAGUAAUUCAUACCAACCAGGAUUUGUCUGACAUAGAAAAAUUUGCCUUUUUGCUUUCUUAUUUAGACGGAAGAGCCCUGGCUCUUGCACAAACAGUGGUUUUUGAUCCGAAUAACUACGAGACUGUUUAUGAUCUCCUUAAAAAUGAAUUCUCAAAUGUUAGAGUUGUAGCAUCGCAUUACUUCAAUCAAAUAUUUCCAUUGCAACCUAUAAAAUCGGUCAAUCCAAAUUCAUUGAAAGUGUUUUGUGACACUUUGCAGGCCAAUGUUAACUGUUUGAAUAAACUAGAAAUCCCGGAUUUGGGACAAUUCACACUAUUGUUCUGGAGCUUGAGACUUCUCGAUCCGCAUACCCGUCGAGAUUUUGAAACAAAAUUUUUGAAUACAGAUUUUCCUAAAUUCACUGAACUUAUUAAGUUUCUCAGAGAUCGGUGCGCUGUUAAUGACUUGAGUUCAGAUACACUCAAGCCCAAAAUUCAAGGUCACUCUUCAGUGGCUAUUAAUAAUAAAAAGGUUUUCGUUACCACACGGGAAGAAUCUAUUUUCACCUCAAAUGAUCAAAAGGAUUCAGUGUGUCCAUGUUGUGAGGGUCCACAUAAGUUCGCCCAAUGUCCGGAGUUUUUGCAUUCUUCGGUUGAAAAACGUAAAAGGUUCAUACAAUUACAUAGAAGAUGUUAUUCAUGCCUUGGUCGUCAUUCGAUCGCUAACUGUAAUUCUAAGAAUUGCUGUCGCAAAUGCGGAAGUAGGAAGCACAAUACUUUGAUAUGUUUUCAGCGGUCGAAUAUCGAGGGAGCUACAGUUUCCGAUAAUAGUUCGCGAGGUAAAACAUCGGUUGACUCUACUCCUGCGGUUCAAAAAAUUGAUAUGCCUUCCACGUCAAAGGGUUCAAAAAUUGUAAACACUUGUUCAUGUUCGGCGGUGAAUACCACUUGUCUUCUGGGAACGGCGCGCGCUAGAGUUCGAGAUAUAAACGGGUUAUGGCAAACUUGUAGGUUGGUGUUGGAUUCUGGUAGUCAGAUGAAUUUGGUCACAUCGAAAUUUGCAUUACGGCUCGGUGUUCCGAAAAGGAAGUGUAAACUUCAGAUUUCUGGGGUGGGUAAUAAUCAGCUCUCUUCAGUUCGCGGUUUGAUUUCUUGCUCAUUGACGUCAGUGUUCAAUGAAGAACAACUAGUUUGUUUCGAAGCGGCUAUUGUGGAUAAAAUAACUUCGAACCUGCCGACAGGAAAUCUCCCCCCUACAAUAAAAGAAAACUUCUCAGAUCUACGACUCGCCGAUCCUGAAUUUUAUCGCCCUGCGUCGGUUGAUAUUCUACUAGGGGUUCAAUCAUACUUGGAUGUAUUGACGGACGAACCGCAACAUAUAAUAGGGAAUCCAUCUGCUAUCUCUACGCGAUUGGGAUGGGUAGUAAUGGGGAGUGUACCAUCGACGGUUUCUCAAAUUGCCAGUUCACUAUUUACAAUUUCGGAGGAAGAGUCACUAAAUAACACCUUAAAAAUGUUUUGGGAAUCUGAAGAUGUUUCGAUUCCGGGGGUGGGUCAGUCACCGGAGGAUAAUUUUUGCGAAGAAUACUUCUGCUCUACGGUCUCACGAGAUUUAAAGGGGCGGUACAUCACCAGACUCCCCUUCAAAAAUCGUUCUCGUCCUGUUUUAGGCUCAAAUCGGCAGCGAUCACUGGCGCGGUUUCAUAAACUGGAAUGUAAGUUCAAACGCGAUCCGGAAUAUUAUAAGUUAUAUAAGGAAAAUUUGAGUGACUAUGUAGAACAGGGACAUAUGGUUCCAGCUCCUCGAAAAUCCGACUAUGUAAUGACACAUCACGGGGUUCUGAAGUCAUCGACCGAAAAAUCUAAAUUAAGGGUGGUAUUUUCUCCAGCGGAAAAAACUUCAUUAGGGGUCAGUUUGAAUGAAACCUUGUGUACCGGUCCAAAAUUACAGAGCGACAUUGGUCAAAUAGUUACUCAAUUUCGGCUUUUUCCUAUCGCUGUAACGUGCGAUAUUAAACAAAUGUAUCGAGCCAUCUGGCUCCACCCGGAAGAUUGCGAGUACCAACACAUUUUCUGGCGGUUUUCUUUCGACGAUCCGAUCAUGGAAUGGGAAUUACGCACGGUGACAUUUGGCAUAUCGAGUAGUCCGUUUUUAGCUCAACGAACUGUCAAACAACUCAUAUUAGAUGAAGGUGCGAAAUUUCCGCUAGCGGCACAGAUACUGGAAUCCAGUCGAUUUAUGGAUGAUAUUCUCUUCGGUGCUUUCAGUACAACCGAGGCUAACGAAUUGUGUCAGGAUUUGGUGGCUCUACUCCGGUUGGGCGGUUUUGAACUGGGAAAAUGGGCAAGUUCAUGUCCUUCAGUAUGCAAUGAUUGCGCGAUGGAAUCGAAAGAUCUGUCUGUUAUCGGUACUUCUUCAAUUAAAGUAUUGGGUUUAAUAUGGGAUCCUAUACAAGAUGAAUUUCGCUUCAAGGUGGAUGAUAACCCGACAACUCUUACUAAACGCGGCAUUUUAUCACGUGUUGCUCGGGUGUAUGAUUACAAUGGGUAUUUAUCUCCGGUAACCUUCGCUAUGAAGGUGAUUCUUCAAAGACUUUGGCUGAUUAAGGCGGACUGGGAUGAACUGUUACCUUCUGAUGUACUUGAGCUAUGGACCCCUCUUGAGAAGGAGUUCAAGAUGUUAGAAAAUGUUUCUAUUCCUCGGUGCGUAGUUCCGAGUACCCCGUCUAAGGUACAAAUCAUCGGUUUUUGCAAUGCUAGUAUAUUAGGCAUGGCGGCAGUUGUAUACCUGCGUGUGGAGACUGAACACGGCAUUGUUUGCAACUUACUACGCUCGAAAACUAAGGUUGCCCCACUCAAGGGUUGGACGAUAAAUCGUCUCGAGUUGGGAUCUGCUGUCUUACUUACUAAACUUAUUCGCUUGCUACACCCGCUCCCUCUGACUCUUCCAAAUUUGGAAAUAAUUUGUUUUUCGGAUUCAACGACCACCCUCGCGUGGAUUAAAACUCCUCCUUAUAAGUUAAAGACAUUCGUGUCGAAUAGAGUUGUACAAAUUUCCGAAGCAUGCCCUAAUGCGGUUUGGAAACACAUUCCUGGAGAACUCAAUGCCGCUGACUCUGCUAGUCGUGGACUAAAACCAUCUCAGUUUUUAAAUAACCAGACUUGGUGGACCGGGCCACCUUUCCUGGUAACUCCGGUUGAAAACUAG